AUAUACUAAGGCACUUGCUAAUAUGAGAAAGGAGCAGAGGUUACAGAGGGAGGACAUGGUGAAGAAUUAAAAGUCAACACCAUUGGAAUAAAGUUAAUAUUGGACUGCGUCAGCCCAGGCAUGAAGACCUUUUUUCUAAGGCUUAAGUGUUGUUAUUUGUCAACACAGCAGUGGAAGUUCUGAAAAUAGACACUUGAAGUUCAUCUUGGGACUAAAACAAAGUGAAAAAGUUGACGGUACUUGAUCAAAAUGACAAAGGCUUUAUCUUUUAUCUCAGACAAGUGGUUGCUGUACGUCUUCUUGUAUCUGCUUUGGCGUGUUGUGGAUUCCAAUACAACAUUGACACCAGACUUAAUGCCAAGAUCAGAAGCAAAAUCUGCAACAACAAAGCCACCAACAACACCAACAAAUCUGCCUGGUAAUGUCGGGAAUGUUAAUGUGACGGCUCGAACUGAGAGCAGUAUAACUCUGACAUGGAACAAAGUCAACAACAUCCCAACAUAUUACAUUCAAUAUGGAGACAAAGACAUUCCCAUCGAUGUAGAAAGUGGAAAUACUGUUUCGUAUGAGGCCACUCCUCUAACAGCUGGGACAUGGUAUACUUUCACUGUCAUCACUAUGUUCAAUGGACUCAACAGCACUGGAAAAACAGUUGAAGCUUCCACAUUGCCUGGUAAUGUCAGAAAUAUUGACGCGACGGCUCGAACUGAGAGCAGUAUAACUCUGACAUGGAACAAAGUCAACAACAUCCCAACAUAUUACAUUCAAUAUGGAGACAAAGACAUUCCCAUCGAUGUAGAAAGUGGAAAUACUGUUUCGUAUGAGGCCACUCCUCUAACAGCUGGGACAUGGUAUACUUUCACUGUCAUCACUAUGUUCAAUGGACUCAACAGCACUGGAAAAACAGUUGAAGCUUCCACAUUGCCUGGUAAUGUCAGAAAUAUUGACGCGACGGCUCGAACUGAGAGCAGUAUAACUCUGACAUGGAACAAAGUCAACAACAUCCCAACAUAUUACAUUCAAUAUGGAGACAAAGACAUUCCCAUCAGUGUAGAAAGUGGAAAUACUGUUUCGUAUGAGGCCACUCCUCUAACAGCUGGGACAAGGUAUACUUUCACUGUCAUCACUACGUACAAUGAACUCAACAGCACUGGAAAAACAUUUGAAGCUUCCACAUGGCCUCGCAAUGCAGAGAACUUGAUGGCUGUUGAUCAAAAUAAGACAAGUAUAACUCUACAGUGGAACAGAGUGGAAAACAGCCAAUACAUACUUAAACAUCAGUAUGAUGCAGAAGGAAUAGUCUUUGAUGUACCAGAAGUGGAAACUGUAGUGAGAAGGACAGUCAAUGAUCUGAAAAAUACAACUGAGUACAGAUUCACUCUCUUCACUGUGUUUGGAAGUGACAGAAGCAGUGGAGCAAAUCUCACUGCAUAUACAGCUCCUCCUAACCCAGUCCGCUUUGAAUCAGUUGGACAAAAUGAGACCAGCAUCACUCUGCAGUGGACUCAAGUUAAUAACAUCCUCAGUUAUAAACUUAGGAACGGUCCAAGCUUGAUAAACAUCUCUGCAUCAGAGGGGAAUCAAGUGACAAUCUCAGGCCUCACAAACACAACUGAAUACAACUUCACUCUUUACUCUGUGUUUGAAAAUGUCACAAGCAGCGGAGUGGACAUCACUGCAGCCACUGCUCCCCCUAACACAGACAGAUUUAAUUCAGCUGGUCAGACUGAGACCAGCAUCACUCUGCAGUGGGCAAAAGUUGGUGUCAUCCUCGAUUAUGUACUUGUGUAUAAUGGAGUAGAGAUGGAGGUCCGUGCAUCAGAAGAAAAUGACUCAGUGGUAGCACCAGUCUCUGGACUUGAGAGCGGGACUAAAUACAGUUUCAGUGUCUUUGCUGUGUUUAAAACCAUCAACAGCAGUGGACGGAGCCACCUUGCAGCCACUGAGCCCUCAAAGGUGGCUUUGGUCAGUGUGACUGAACGCUCUGUGCACAGUCUUACCCUGAUGUGGCCGAAUGCAAAGGAAGACUGGGAUUAUAUUCUUCAAAUAAAUGAGAAAGAGGUUCGAGUACCUGGAUCUAAAGAUGUGGUGACACACCCAAUCUCCGGUCUCAAGGCUGGAACAAGGUAUACGUUUACUGUGACCACGGAGUUCUUUGAACUCACCAGCAACGCCUAUGAAGACUUCACAGUAACAAAGAUAGACUGUGAAAGUGUACCCUGGCAUACUACAACCUCAUCCAUCACAGGAACAUUCGAUGGCUUGGUCUCAUAUGGAACAGCAUCUAAUGGAUCACAUACUCACAAUGUCAGUAUUGAGGGACAAGAGGUGUCAGUUUCUGGCCUUUACCCUGGAGCUACCUAUGAGAUUUUUCUGACAUAUGAGGAGGAAACCAGAAGUUUUGACCAGUGCAAGCACAAUCAGACCAUCAAUCCUCUACCUUUGGAUGCUCAGUGUAAAUAUGUAGCAUCUGGAUAUUCAAUACAUAUUGCCUGGGACACACCAGCUGGUAUUUGGACAGCAGUGGAGGUGAUCACACCGAAAUCAACUCAAAUUGUGGAUGCUAAAGAGAGACAUGUUGAAAUAGCCGGAUUUCAACCAGCAAAAACGUACAAAGUGUCUUUGGUGACAAUAUCAGAGAACAAGAAAUCUCAACCAUUUGUUUUUUCAUGUGCUACUGAUCCAAGAGGGGUUAUUGCAGGGUCAGUAAUAGGAGUGCUCAUUUUUGUUGUUCUGGUUGGUCUGGCUGUCUUCAUUGUGCGACAAAGACCGGAUAUUAUCAGGAAUAAUAAUCCAUUCAUUGGUGGUUCCAAAGACAAGAAGAAAAAGUCCAAAGCUAUUCCUGCGGAAAGGUUUCCAGACCACUUUUACCAGUUAGGCAUGGAUGAGAGCAGAGGUUUCAGCCUGGAGUAUGAGAGCCUCAUGCCUGUUGGUACAGAGCAGACACACAAGGCAGCAAUUCUUCUUGAGAACAAACCAAGGAAUCGUUUCAACAACGUCCUGCCAUAUGACUGGUGUCGAGUGAAACUGUCAUCUUCAGAUGGGGCAUCUGACUACAUUAAUGCCAAUUACAUGCCUGGCUACAACAGCAGUAGAGAAUAUAUUGCCACUCAGGGUCCUCUCCCCUCCACUGUCAAUGAUUUCUGGAGGAUGAUCUGGGAGCAGAGAGUGAAAGGUAUCGUAAUGGUAACCAACUGCAAAGAGAGCGGAAAGACAAAGUGUGAACAGUAUUGGCCCGAAGACAGAAAUCCUCGCAUGUAUGGACAGCUGUCGGUCACCAUCACAUCUGAACAGAAGGAGCUUAAUUGGACUUUGAGGGAAUUUACAGUCAGACAUAACAACAGCUCAGAGGAGCGCAUGGUGAAACACUUUCACUUCACAGCCUGGCCAGAUCAUGGAGUCCCACAGGGCACAGAGGUCCUGAUCCAGUUCAGAGGACUGGUGAGACGGCACAUAGAGAGAGAAGGGACCGGAGCACCUACCGUAGUUCACUGCAGUGCUGGUGUUGGGAGGACAGGAACCAUCAUUGCUCUUGAUGUUCUGCUUCAGCAGCUUGAGAGAGAGCGGGCGGUGGGCAUCGACGCUUUUGUGCACAAGAUGAGGCUGAACCGACCACACAUGGUGCAAACAGAGUCGCAGUAUGUUUUCUUGCACCAAUGCAUCAUGGACAUCCUGCAGCAAAAUGAGAAGACUGAGGAGAACAUUUAUGAGAACGAGGACAUGUUUUAUGCCAACGCCACUGCACUCAGAGAGUUUCAGAAAAAUGGCAGAAUUUAACAAUGUUGUUUUCAAAUUUAACAGCAUGCACUAAAUUAAAAUAUGAUGCUUGAUUCUCAAAGCUAAGUUUGUUCAGAUGCUGUAAAUAUGAAAAUCAUUUAUGUUGUAUAUUUACUGUGAAUGCAUGAAACACUUUAGAUUUUAUUUAACUUAAAUUUUUGUUCCAAUUAGCUCUUUAAUGUGUAUUAUUAUUAUUAUUGCAUAGACUGUUUUAAUUCUGCUGAAAAAUUAAAACAUGUAGAAUGAAAAACUAUGAUCUCAAGCUGUAAAAUUAAUUAAAUAUUUUUAUUAACAAAAAUACUGACUGCUUCUUAAAAAAAGACGACAAAGAAAAUGUAAAACAAGUCUUCUAUCACGCAGCAUGAGCUUGCCAAAAACCGUGCACAGAUCAGAAGGGUUUAGAUUCCAGUGUUUGUCCUUAUGUUGAUGAUCCUCUUCACUAAAACAGACAUCACACCUGUUCUGUUUUCUCUCCUGUGAUUUCUUCCCUUGGUGGGGUUUUUCUUUUGGAGACUUGGAGGAAGUGAGUCUUAAUGACUUCCUGUCUGACUUUUAAUGCCUCUGAGUUGAUUUCCACUGAAUGCUGCUUGCUGGGAUGCUGGGGCUCAACUGUGCUGGUGCAAGGCGGCGGAGGCACUGAGAACUUUUUGGUGAUGUUGUGCAGGAUGCUGCAAGCCUUGAUAGUAUUUGACUUUUUGUCCAAAGAGUUUCCUUGUGUGAAAUCGAGCUGAUUCAAACAUUUAAAACGACUCUUCAUGGAACCGAGGGUUUUCCA